AUCACUGUGUAAAUGGGCAUUAUCAAACCCCAUAUGCUCGACAACGGAACCCAAAGCCGCUAUUUAUCAACACAAGGCCGAAAGAGGUGACUGCCGUGUUCCGCUGGAAAGCGACAAAUAAUAAUGGCUGAACAGCAGGAACAACAUGCUGGAACUUUUUAUGCUUCCCGUUUGAGUUUGUAGCAAUGGAGAGUAGCACAGUUCCUCUCCGCCAUGCAAACUUACAAGGGAACGUCAAAUUACCGCGGAGGUUUGCGGUGCCCGGAAGUUGUGAAACGUCGACGGACCGGAUGGAGGAUCUAGCUCGGGCUAUGACUUGGGUCAGACAAGAACUGAUACAGUUACGUCAGCAUGACAUCCUUCUAAAGAGACAAUUUUGCGACAUACAGCACACAAUACGGUCCUUACAAAAAAAUCGUGUUCCACGUCACGUAAUUAUGUCUUCUACCUCAAGUCUUCAGUCGACCGCCAGCAGUGUUGACAUCACAAUGGAGAAUUAUGGGGUGAGGACGGCGACUAGUGCUACUCUGCUACAAGAGUGUGAGGACACUGUGGACGAAACGUUUUCUUUCGGACGACCUCGAACUUCGUCAAUGAAAACGACACGUGAUCUUGCUGCGCUUGCGCGUAGAAGAGGAAGUAAAGAAAUGAUAUGACGUCAUUCAGAUACGGAUUGUAUGUGCACACAGACUGGACUACUAAGGUAGUUUCACCAUUGCACUUAGCAAGAACACUGGGCUACGUAGAGGGGAUAUGAAGCAGAUAUCUUGCAUAUUGUAUUGUUUAUGUACAUGUGUAUAUCUUUUCGAAUGUAAAAGAAAGCGAACAAUGUCAUAAAAAUGCAAAAAGAACUGCAGUUGUCGCCAAAUGUUUUGCUUAAGGAAAAUUUGUGCUGUUAGAUUCUGUUUUAACUAGCAUCCACAACAAGAAUUUGUUAUCCAUUAAACAAAAAACAAACAACACUUUACCAUGAUUUUAAAACCAAGUCUAAAUUGGUCUUAUCAGACUCUGAUAACAACAGAAAUCGAUCUACCAGUUGCUUUUGUUUUUGGGUCUUUUAAUCAUAAAUACAUUAUUCAAGUUGCGUUCCACGCAAAUUUUGCAGACCAAGCGCAAAAAAGCACUAAAUUGAAAUCCGGCACUAAUUUUAAGUAUAUGCCAACUUCCCAAAGGAUCACUGUACUUGUUAAACUUUUACUUAACAUCAAUGUGAAAAACCCAAUGAACAAUACCGAUGUCUAUAAUGAAGCAAGUUAUGCAAUUUUUGACAUUUUACGCAAUCUGACAACAGUAAAAAAGUUUGGAAAGGAAUUUUGCACUAAUCGACAUUGUUCAUUAUGUAAGGUUCCGAUUUCAAGUCAGUAGAAUUUUGAUCGUUAUGCGCAUGACUCAUUGCAUAUGUGACAAUUAAACCCACACUUCUGCUACAAGAUGGAUCAAAUUUUAUAUUUUAAAAUUACUGACCUUAAUAUAUUUCUGAAGAUGUGCAUCGAAAGUGCCUUUGCAACAUUACUAUAUUAAAUAAAAACUCUGAUUCUGAACAUAUUCUUAAAAUACAUUGUAUAGGAUUUUAGUAAACAUCAUUGUUGGAAUAGGCCAUAAAUUUGUCAAUGAUAUAUAAUACGCCGGUUGUCGGACUUUGAAGUAAGUUUGAUAAUGAGCUAUGAUACACUUGUUGGUAUGAAACAAGCUAUGACACACUGGUUGUUUGACUAUGAUAAUCUUGUAAUGAGCUAUGAUAUUUUUGUUAUAUGACUAUUAUGUAUUCAUAAUCUGGUAAUGUUGUUCUUGGAUUAUUUGAUAGUGAGCCAUGGUACGGGCUAUGAUGAUCGUGUAAUUUAACAAAGGUGCACUGAUUCUUUGGUAUAUUUUGGUUGUUGGGGAUGUAAUAAUCGGCAAAUGAACCUUGAUACACUU